AGGUACUUCUGUCACCAAACCGGUCAAGAGCUUGGUUAAGACCUUCUUUGGAUGCUUAUUUGAGAUUUGUUUUCACCCUCUCCAUGGAUUCUUCUGCAAAUAUUGAGGGAACUGGCAUAUUGAAAAAGAUUUGGUCUAUUUUAUUUAAAAGAAUGUCACCAUCCAUGCGGAACAUUCAACAUCUCAAUCACGAGUUUGCAACAUCAACGUCUUUUCAUGGUUUACAAAAUGCGCUGCAAGGCAAACCUGGAAUUCGCAGGAUUUUCUGGAUGGCCGUCGUUCUUGGCUGUGUAAUUAUGGUCUUUUCGCAAAUCACCCAGUGUUUUAUUCAUUACUUCAGCUGGCCAACAUCCACAUCUGUUACAAUAAAAUAUGUCAAGCACAUUGAAUUUCCUGCUGUUACUUUCUGUAACUUGAACAGAUACCAAUCCAAAGCAGUAGCCAACAUGAACGUCAUAUAUAUGUUGUGGUCUAUUGUGUGUGCAGCUCUAAGCAUUAGUCAAAGUGAUGGAAAUAGUAGCACUUCUCAAGAAAUCCUAGACUUUCUUCGAGGGAACCCAACUUUCAGCAUCAAGAAUUUCACCAAAAAAUAUGGUUACCAAAUUGAUAAUACAACUCUCAUAAAAUGUGACUUCUUUGGGGAGCCCUGUUAUCCAAAGGAUUUUAAACACGUUUUUACUGAAUAUGGCAGUUGUUACACUUUCAACCACGAUGACACUGCUAAAAGGAGUGCAAACAUUUCAGGAAGAGGAUUAACCGUGAUGCUGGAUAUUAAACAGCCAGAAAUGACAGAUAAUCCCUCCCUUGGCUUUGUUGAUGCUGGAAUUUCAUUUGUUAUCCAUUCACCCAAGGAACCACCACAGGUUGAGACAAUGGGCCUUUUGGCAGGAGUUGGAAUGCAUGCCUAUGCAGCAAUACGGCAGUUGAAGACUAUAAACCAGGAGUAUCCUUGGGGAGAAUGUAAUCCUAACAUAAAACUGGAACAUCAUGACACUUAUACAACUUAUGGCUGUUUACAAGAAUGUAAAUCAAAGCAUAUAAAAGAACAUUGUGGCUGCAUACCUUUCCUCCUCCCAGAUUAUAUUGAAAAAAAGGGACUUUGCAAAGCAGGUGCACACAGUUUCAACUGUCCAGUUCCAUGUGAAGAGAUCAAAUACUCUACUGUUGUGUCUUACUCAACUUUUCCAAGUCUCAAGGGAUUGAAGUUUCUGAGUAAACAAUUUCAGAAAAGCAAACAGUAUAUCAGGGAAAACUUUGUUUACAUUGAUAUUGCUUACAAGGAUCUCAACUAUGAAAUGACACAGCAGCAAAAAGCACUGUCCGUAACAGAGCUUAUUGGUGACGUCGGGGGUCAACUUGGCCUAUUCUGUGGUGGAAGCGUAAUCACUAUCAUUGAAAUUCUAGAAUACCUCAUUAUUAAAUUCUAUUGGAUAUGUAUAGUUUGGCUCAUUAAACCACCAAAAUUAUCAAAUCUAAUUAAUGAAAUACAACAGCCUCCUGUAAAAGAAAAUAGAGCAGUUAUCUCCUAA